AUGUCUUCCUCAAGCGUUUGUCAAGGCUUGCAAUCUUGUCUUGAACCCCGUGUCAUCGAAUCACACGUUCUGAGGCUCAAAUUGGCUCCACCAAGGUCCAACUUUUCUUCCCACUCAGACUCAGAUUCCCAAAACCAAGAAAAACCCAUCACCAACAACAAUGAAUGUAACAAAAAGGACACAGUUCCUAACGUGGGUGGUGGAAGUGGCUGGAGUUUCCUUCAAGCUCUUGCCAACACUACUCAUUGUAACAAAACCGAGGAACAAGUUUAUGUUCACCCUACUGUUAAGCGCUCCUCUUCAAUGCUCAGUGAAAAGAGCUUGGAAAUGUGCACUGAAAGCCUCGGCAGCGAGACUGGUAGUAAUGCUGGUGAAAACAGUGAUGAAUUUUCUUUGUUUUCAUUUGACAGUAGUAACACAUGUUUCACGAGACAUAACACUGACAAAAAUUGUGUGUCUAAAAGAGUGAACCGAGCUUGUAGCUUUCCACCACCACUCACUUCAAUGGGUGGGGUUCAUGUUAGGCCUCAUCGUGAAGGUGGAAGGUUAAUAUUGGAAGCUGUUGCAUCUCCUUCCCCUCGCCAUUAUUUUCAUGCAGAGCGUAGCAAAGGUAGGCUCAGGCUCUGUCUGUUUGAGAGUUUUUUAGUUUCUGAUGGUGAUGAUGAAGUAGUUGACGGUAAAGAAGGAAUUGAAGAGGAGGAGGAGGAAGAAGAAGAAGAAGCUGAAACUCAGAAGAACCAUGAAGUUUGUGGUGAAGAAGAUACUGAGGGAGAGGAGGAGUUGGAAGAGUUUGUUGACAAUGUGGAGGAUGAAAUGGAAGUGACAAAGUUCGCAAGACCAAGAAGCAGGUGCAAGGAAAGUGGGAAUAGAGACAUUUUUGGUGAUGGUUACUUUGAGCUUCCAUCACUUCCUCUGUGUCUCUGA